AUGAAAUUUUCAACGUGCGGCCUGGCACUUGUCGCCAUCCUCACCGCUGCAGCUUUCGUCGAUGCGGUGUCCAUCGAACCGCGCUUGCUCGGACGUCUGAAAUACCCGCAGCCGUCCGUCGACCCCUUCUACAAGGUUCCUGAUAAUAUCGGCACCUACGCGAACGGAGCGAUCAUCAGGGAGCGCGAUAUCACCAGUGAUCUGGCCUUGGGCGUGGAUUCGCAGCUCUUUUCAAAAGUCUACCAGCUGCUUUAUCGUUCGCAAACCGGAUCGAACCAGCCCGACGCAACGGUCACCACGGUCUUCAAGCCAAAGAACCCAAAGAAGGGAGUCCCUCAGAUCGUUGCUUACGCCGCCUUUGCUGAUUCGGCGGCAAAAGACUGCGCUAGCUCCUACGCACUCAUCAGAGAUUCCGGCAGUCAGCAGGGCGCCGUGCUUGUUUCUCAAGCGCCGUACAUCAAUGCUCUACUUCAAAAAGGCUAUUACGUAAGUCUAUGCGCUUCGUCGAUUGCGCUUUUGGCACAAGCUGACAAGUCCGACGUUCGUGAACCCCGUGCGCGCCCCAAAGGUAAGCGUUCCAGACUAUCAAGGGUCCCAAGCCGCCUUCAUCGUCGGCCCUCAAGAGGGACGAGCACAUCUGGAUGGACUUAGAGCGUUGCUGAACCACAAGCCGACCCUUUCAGACUCCACCGGAUACCAAGCCGUCAUUGCCGGAUACAGCGGAGGCGGCCAUGCGGCCGCUUGGGCGAUGCAGUACCGCAAAGAGUACGCCUCUGAGCUCAACAUCAUCGGUGGAUCGUACGGCGGAGUUCCCGUCAAUCUCACCGCCACGCUCGAGAUCUUGAACAAGGGACUUUUCGCUGGAUUUGGACCCGCCGGCCUGGCAGGUGCGGCAAACGCCUACCCUGAAGUUGAAAAUUACCUCCUUCAACAGCUCAAGCCCAACGGAACCGAAGCUUUCAAAUUUCUUCGUUCGGACCAAGGAUGCAUCGCUGGCGAGUUGGGCUACUUUGCGUUCAAGGACUACUACUCGUACGUCAAAAGUGGAGCCGCGGCGCUUCAAGACGCCAUCCCUGUCAAGUAUUUUGAGAUCAACAGGCUCGGAUCUCGAGGAGCGCAGGAUCUGUUGGGGCCCGAAAUUCCAGUCUACAUCUACCACGCUCGCAACGACGAAGUCAUCCCUCGUCCGCCCGUCGACGACUAUGUCAAGUGGCAAUGUGCAAACGGAGCGCGCAUCGAGUACUCGCUCUCCGACUUGUCCGAACAUGCGACGGAAACGCUGAUCGGUGUGCCUGGAGCUGUGGACUGGAUCAACAAGGUGUUCGAGGGACGAUUGAAGCAGCCCAAAUGCGUUCAGAGCCAACACUCCCUCUUGAGUCUGACCAGUUACGGUGCUGAACCCAUCCUGGGUACCAAGGCCGCCAACCAGCUGCGCGCCUUGCUCCCGACUUUUACUCUGAGAAAGCUAGCGGGCCUCAAGUGA